AACACCAAUACAAUAAUAAAAAAUACAAAACAAAAACCCAUAUUGGUGCUUCCCCCAUCUUGCUUUCUCUCAACAAUAUCAACUGAAUUAUCGGCCGACAGGUAUUUCUCCCAAUACCCAAUUCUUCGGAGCAUCCGGAAAGCCCAGAAAUAAGUUGUUUCCGGCUUCCUCCUAUUUGGUCAAAUUUGUAAAGGGAAAGGGUGGACGGUAAAGAUGCCAAUGGCGGCGGGGGCAGCGACGCCGAGGGAAAGGGUUCAAGCUAUGGGGCCAGCAGCGGUGGUACCGAUGAUGCAAGCUGUGCCGGCUGUUGCUGAUGUUUUGGCCAAGGACACGAUCAUUUCUUGGUUCCGAGGGGAAUUCGCGGCGGCCAAUGCCAUCAUCGAUGCUCUUUGCGGUCAUUUGGCGCAGCUUCAAGGAGGGGGCGGUGAAGGAUCCGAGUACGAGGCGGUGUUCGCGGCGAUCCACAGGAGGCGCUUGAAUUGGAUUCCUGUGUUGCAGAUGCAGAAGUACCACUCCAUUGCUGAUGUGACGGCGGAGCUGAAAAAGGUGACUGCCAAGAAGACCGGAGGAGGAGAUGGAAUUGGCAAAGAGGAAAUGGAAGGUGGCGUUGGCGGAGGAGGAGAAGACGGCGGUUGUUUGGAUGGUGUGAAAGAAGAAGAGAAAGUCGCCGAGGAAGUGGUGGAAAAUGAAGCAAAUGGGGAAGUUGGUGGCGAGGAAGAAGAAGAUUCCCCUGACAGUGACAUUACUGAUUCAGGGUCACAGGAAAUUCAACAUGUUGAGGAAAACAUCGACAUUUGUUCUAACCAUGAAGAAUGUGAUGCACGCCCUUCUCAAAUCAAGCUGACGAAAGGUUUUUCUGCCAAGGAACAUGUAAAGGGCCACAUGGUGAAUGUGGUGAAAGGAUUGAAGUUGUAUGAGGACGUAUUCACCGAGUCGGAGCUGGCUAAGCUGGGUGACUUGAUGAGUGAACUUCGAUCUUCCGGCCAGAAUGGGGAAUUGUCAGCUUUGUUUGAAACAGGUGAGACUUUCAUUUUAUUCAACAAACAAAUUAAAGGAAACAAGCGAGAGCUGAUUCAGUUCGGUGUUCCGAUUUUCGGACACAUAAAGGAGGAGCUGACAAGUAACAACCAAACAAUCAACAUCGAACCAAUUCCUGCUCUGCUUCAAGAUGUCAUAGAGCACUUGAUCCAAUGGCAACUUAUACCUGAAUAUAAGAAACCAAAUGGCUGCAUCAUUAACUUCUUUGAUGAGGAUGAAUAUUCACAACCUUUUCUUAAACCACCACAUUUGGAGCAACCUAUCUCCACUCUUCUCCUAUCUGAAUCAACAAUGGCUUUCGGUCGAACUCUUACAAGUGAUAGUGAAGGGAACUAUAGAGGGCCACUCCAACUUUCAUUGAAAGAAGGGUCUCUUUUAGUUAUGAGGGGAAAUAGUUCUGACAUGGCAAGGCAUGUGAUGUGCCCGUCUCCAAACAAGAGGGUCAGCAUUACCUUCUUCCGAGUCCGGCCCGAUAUUAAUCAAGGUCAGUCACCGCCAACUACUCCCCAGUCUGGUGCCAUGACUCUAUGGCAACCAGGAGUACCAGGUCCAUAUGCAAUGUCAAAUGGAGUUCUUAGUGGCUACGAGGCACUGGAUACAAUGCCAAAAUGGGGAGUCCUUCGUGCUCCUGUUGUCAUGCUAGCACCUGUGCGCCCAGUGGUAGUGAGCCCCAGAAAACUUCCUCGUGGAGGUACAGGGGUCUUCUUGCCCUGGACUAUGGGAUCAAAAAAACACACCAAGCACCUUCCACCACGAGCCCAGAAAGGAAGAAUGCUCGCAUUACCUUCUGCUGUCGAAACACAUGUAUCAGAGUCUACUUCUGAACCAAGCAACAAUCUCAAAGGGAAAUCAGAGUAAGUUAAAGCUUGAGGCAACAGCCCUAGGGCCAAAGCAACAUGAAUCGUCAUACUUCUCGCUCUGAAAGAGCAUUUACUUACUGUACAAAUGCGGCUCAAGUGCUGUAAUGUUUGUUUUCCCCCCUUUUUUUUUCCUUCCCUCAGCAAGUUUAGAUUCUAGCCGCCAUUACAAUACCUGUUGAACAUCAUGGUAGGGCUUUAGAGGUAGUUUGAGCUUUAAGUUUGAGUGUGAAUUAGCUCUACUGACGACCUCCGGGAUUUUGUAUCAAGUUGUCCAAGUUAUUUAUAUUUUAAUCUUCUUUUACAUA